AUGACAGACGUGGAACAGCCACCGAGCGACUCGUCCUCGGAGGCAGAACAGCCCUCUCGCAGGCAGCUGCGCCAGGCUCAGAAGAGGGACCAGCAGGAAGCUCAGAGAGGAAAGAAGAAGGGAAAGAACGCGGGAAAACAGGCCGAAGCGGCGAAAACGGAACAUGACGAUGGAGACACCGCAAAGUGCGGCGGAGCUGAAGGAGGCGGGAGGGCGCAGGACCCGGGACGAAAUACGCAAACGGACUCCGCCUGGGAACACGACAAACAGCCGCCGAUAACGGGGCCGAGCCCAGUCGUGUAUUGCGGAGUUUGCGGCGGACCGCCAGACUUCUGCGAGUUCGGCAGCCAGUGGCCGGAGUGCGAAGCGUGGAUCGCUAAGAACCACGCGGAGCUCCUCCCUUUCUGCUGUCCCGCCGGCGCUUCGCAAGGCGCGGAAAACGGAGACAAAACCGCGGCUGCCGACGAGCUCGCCGAGUGCAUGCAGCAGUUGACUGUGGACGGCGACGCGGAGAAGGACGCGAAGAAGGGCGGCAAGAAGAAAGCCGCAAAGCCAAACGUCGUCACGAUUCAGCGCCAAAGCCGGUCGAAACGGAAGACUGCUACCGUCAUUACGGGUCUGGAUCUUUUCGGAGUCAAACUUGAUAAGGCUGCAAAGCUCUUCUCCAAGCAGUAUGCCUGUGGAGCGUCUGUGUCGAAAGGCGUUCCCGGGCAACCGCAACAGGUUGAAGUCCAGGGCGAUGUUGAGGAGGAAGUUGCCGAGUUGAUUCAAGAAACCUUUGAAAUUCCAGAAGAGAGCAUCCAACUUCUCCCGCCGAAAUAA